UUAUUCUAAUCUAAAUCCUGGAUAUUUCCUGGAAAAAUGAAAUCAUGUGACUUGAUUAAUCCUCUCGCUUCUCUGCCAAGGCUCAGGGACUAACAGUGUGCUGGAAAGAGGCAUUUUCCAUGCAGAGUGUCUGAUUCAUACAAGCUCACUACUUUUGCUCGCCAUGGAAGUGUUCCAGCAUCAGCUACUCAGUCUUGUUGGGAGUCUGAUCUGUUUCUGUACUCUGGUAAAAUGCAUCAAAUAUAUGCAAGACCUUUUCCCAUAUAUCUGGAAUUCUUUACCUUAGGCUUUCUUUUGUUCAAUGAGAGAAUGGGCAGUGAUCACAGGAGCAGGAGAUGAGAUUGGAAAAGCAUAUUCCUCCAGAGUUUCUGGCUCAGAACUGCUGUCUUGCUGCUUGGAUGUCAGGGUACGAAAUUCUCUGAUGUUCUUCAGGUUUACAGAGCAGGCCACAGAUCAAAACGUGAAGGUUAUACAAGCUAAUUUCCCUAAAAGUUCAGUGUAGGAGAACAUUGAAAAAGAUAUGAAAGACUUGGAUACUGGUGUUCUGGUUAACAAUGUUGGAAUGCUUCACAAUCCUCUUCCAUGCUGUUUCCUUAAUAGUCAGAAGGGUCUAAUUCUGGAUCUGUUAUCUGGUUAGAGUACUUUUCCUUGUCCAUUAUAUACAAUGUACUCAACUAGUAAGUCUUUUUUGUGCUCUAAUCCAUUGCAAAUAUCUGUAGUGAUUCCUUAUGGUGUUUCUGCUCCAAUGACAAUGUACCAAAACCCUGGUAUUACUACAAAGAUAACAGAAGAGUUUGUUACUGAAUCACUGGAGUGUGUCACCUUUGGAGUUGAGUUUUUUGGAUGUUUCACCCAUGAGACAUCUGAUUGA